CGUCCCACAAACAGUGACAGAGUCCCACAGACCUAUCUUGUCAAAGAAAAGCUAUAGGACGCACAACUGUGAAGCGACUGCAUACGAAAACUCCAGAAGAUUGAGCAACGACAUGAUGGACCUUUUGCUCUUCAGUUUGCUCUUCCUGCUUGGAGUCAAAGGGCAGGAGUCAUCUGUGUGCCCUCACUCUUGUACCUGCAACCAGGGUCACGUCAACUGCAGCCACAAGUCCCUCACCAGCUCAAUGCUCCCCUCCCAUUUUCCGCCUGGUACAACCCAAGUCAAUCUCAAUAACAACCUGUUGACCAUCCUACCCAAUGGGCUGUUGGACGACCUGCCCAACCUCCACUCCGUCACUCUCCAUGGCAACCUGUGGGCAUGCGACUGCGGGGUGCUCUAUCUGCGAGCCUUGCUGACCCGUCAGCCCAGCAGCGUUCUCUUACCCCUCAACGUCAGCUGCACUUCCCCUUCCAGCCUGAGUGGCAGGCUGGUGAUGCACUUGACCGAGGAGGAGGUGCUGGAGUUUUGUCACUACUGGUACUGUGACCUAGCGCUGGUCUCCCAGGUGUGCCUGUUUGUGUUUAUGCUGGUGCAGGUGCUGCUCCUUUUGGCCGUCAUCGUCUUUUUAAGGAGGUUUGAGAGACUUUCGAGGGAAGCGAGGAGAACCAAAAUGGAGACCUCUGCAUUUGGCGAAAGUGUGAUGGCGAAUUAAUGCGAGGCACUGAAGGAAAGCCGCACCUGAUUCCAGCCUAUUGGAUCCCCUUAUCAUGCCUAUAGCUCAUUAAAUAAUGCUCAAGGAGCAUGUUGUUGUUUUAGAUGUUAUAAAGGCCCUAUAUUUUGAUUUAGGCACAACCAACUGUAACUCCAAAGUUGAGUCUAUUUAGUUUAUUUAAUUCAUCUUUAUACAUACUUAUGUGUACACAUUAUUUUCCCAAAACAAAUGUUAUUAUUUUUGGGAAUCAAAUAGCAUUCUGUUACACUUGAUGUACUGUAUACUGCUUUAUAUUACAAGAUAUUUUUUUACUGAGAUGACAUAUUUGCGUUGUGCAUCAUUACAAUUUAUUUCAUUAUCAAAAUAUUAAAAACUGUAUUAAAGUAUCACAGCUCUAUAUUCAUAUUUUAUUUCUUUUUAUUUAUAAAAAAUCAUAUAUAUAUAUUUCACACUGCUGUACUCGUAAUAAAUUGUUCAUGCAAGAAUGUCA